GCGCGCGGCCAGCCCAGCUCCGGCCGCCGCAGUGCUAGCAGCGCCGCGGCCGGGGAGCGCGGGCUGGGGCCGGGGCCGAGGCCGCGGCGGGGGGCGCCGCCCCCACCGUUUGUCUGCAGCCCCUAGAGCGGGGCGAGGGCGAAGACAGGGCUGAGCGGGGCCGGAACCAUGAACCGGAGUUUCCACAAGUCUCAGACCCUGCGCUUCUACAGCUGCAGCGCGGUGGAAGUCAAGAGCAAGUUUGGGGCUGAGUUCCGAAGGUUCUCCUUAGACCGGCAGAAGCCUGGCAAGUUCGAGGACUUCUACCAGCUGGUCGUGCACACCCACCACAUCGCUGACACCGAGGUCACCAUCGGCUACGCGGACGUGCACGGCGACCUGCUGCCCAUCAACAACGACGACAACUUCUGCAAGGCGGUGUCCAGCGCGAGCCCCCUGCUCAGGGUCUUCAUCCAGAAACGAGAGGAGGCCGAGCACGGCCUGGCCACUGGCUCGCUGUCGCGGCGCAGGAAGGCACUGGCGCUGCGGGAGGAGGGGCCGCGCCGACGCCCGCACCUGCACAUCGGGCUCCCCCACGACUUCCGUCCCGUGUCCUCCAUCAUCGACGUGGACAUCCUGCCCGAGACGCAUCGGCGCGUGAGGCUGUACCGGCACGGCUGCCAGAAGCCGCUGGGCUUCUACAUCCGCGACGGCACGAGCGUGCGGGUGGCACCGCAGGGGCUGGAGAAGGUGCCUGGAAUCUUCAUCUCGCGCCUGGUGCCCGGCGGCCUGGCCGAGAGCACCGGGCUGCUGGCCGUGGACGACGAGGUUCUGGAGGUAAACGGCAUCGAGGUGGCAGGCAAGACACUGGACCAGGUUACGGACAUGAUGAUCGCGAACAGCCACAACCUCAUUGUCACGGUCAAGCCGGCCAACCAGCGCAACAACGUGCUGCGCGGGGGCCGCGCGUCCGGCAGCUCUGGCCGCUCCUCGGACAGCGUGGGCAGCCGCCACAGCCUGCCGGCCCCCGCGCCGCCCGGCCUGCACCCCGACGACAUGGAGAGCGACGAGGAGCCCGACGUCGUGCUUGAGGGCACCCUGGAGCCCCGGCUGGUCCCACGGCUGCCGGGCAGCCUCACCCGGCUCAACGGCGCAGGCCCGGCCUCUGGACCACCCGGCCUGGGGCGCGAGGGCAGCGUCCUCAGGCUGCUCAGCUCGUUGCGCUCCGACCCCCGCCACAGCCUGGCGCUGCCGCCGGGCGGGGUGGAGGAACACGGCCCGGCCGUGACCCUGUAGCGUCCUGGCCGCGGCGGGGCCGCAGCCCCACUUCUCAGAUGUGCACUCUCGUUUUAAAAUAAGAAACGAAUUUGUAUGUGUUACCGUUCCUUCUGUGUUUUUAUUUAUCCCUCCCUUGUCUUCCAUAACCCUACUCUUUGUUUCAACCUAAGGACAGAAAGUAACGAUACAGUCUAUUUUUAUAAAUUUCUCCACAAAAAAGGGCAUGCGUGUGCGCUCCAGGCCAGUACAGGUCCAGGGCUAAUUUUUAAAUUUCAAACACUUUAUUUUUAAAAUGAAGCUUUAAGAUUACUUUUUAAAAGGACGAAUUCGUGACUUUAACUUCAGCCACGCAGACACACGCUGCUUGUUGGCACCGAGGCUUCCCUGCCCGCGGGUCCUGUGGACCCACCCACACGGGAGGUUCCGGCUGGUUUCCGACAACAGAUGCGGCCGCACCUGCAAUAGGUGCGACCAUAGCAGAUGAACCUCCAGCUUUCAUUGUUCGAGGUGCUGUUUCAAAUAGCCAAGGGGGCGCCGAGCUCCCAGACCUCACGGGGAAAGAGAGGGCCCCUGGGUGGUCCUGCUGCGGGGACCGCGGCCCAGGGCCAGCGGGUGGGCGGCCGGGACGAGGCGAGCUGCCCCGCGGUACCGGGUGGGAGGAAAGCCAGUGUUUACUUGGAGAUAAAAGCCAGCCCUUCCCACGCGUCGUGGACUCCGAGUGCAACUCGUAGGACAUUUCCCCAGGACUUCGAAAGCUCAGACAUGUGGACAUCUGGGUUAUCUUCGUUUUUAAAUAACAAAUCAUAUAAAACGUGGUGAUUUUUAACACGGACUAAGUUUAUUGUCACUUCACUUUGGUCUUCUAGCAAUAUUUACAUAUUUAGUAAUUUUGAAUGUUUAUUCAUGUUUAUACCAAUGAAAUUUUAUAUGAAGUGUAUAUUGUUUGAAUCCGAUGUUGAAGAGAAAAUGCUACAGUUAUAUUUUCAGAACUAAACUUUGACCAAAUAAAACUUUCGUAUAAACACAGGUAAAAGUAUUUUUCUAGAUGCCCUUUCAAUGCGGCUGCGUCUCCUGUGGCCCAGCACCCCCUGCUGGUGGGCGGCAUAAUUGUCCCGCCUUCCUGGAUGUCAGGCUGAUAACAGAAGGAAAACUAGCUCACUGUUUUCAUUUUUCCUGAAUAUGUUAAGCGAGAAGCAAAUUAUUUUUCUUUUGUGCAGAAACUAUUUAUUGUUCAGAAAUAGCUUUGAUGGAGGAAUUGUUUCCUGUGCCCAUGUUUGACUUUUUAAUUUGAAUGCCAGGCUCUCUGUCCAUUUUGUUCCUGGGCACAGGGCAGACCGAAGAGCCUCCCCUGCCGGGUCCAGUGGGGGCGCCCUCACCUCCGGAGGCGCGGCACGCCGCGAACUGCGCGCCAGCGGUUUGGUGCGCCAGCAGCCCGGCGUUUUUCUUUUAUUUUUACAAUGACAAGCAGUAUAUAACCAAAAAUACAAUGCUAAUUUACUACCACAAGGGAAUUAUUCUUUUGCCAUCACUGAUGGUUCAUGAGUAUCUUGUCGAAUAACUGGGUCUGUUAACAAGAAAGGAAGUUAUAUUUCUUACCAUGUUUUAAGUUGUUAAGCAAAUGUGAAUACUUUUUCUAAAGAAAAGAAGAGGCUUACUCAAAUUUGUGCACCACUCAUAAUUUUAGGGUCAGAGACUGCGUGGAACAGCCACUUGAGAAUAUUUUUCUACCCAGUUCUAUACUUCUGCCAUUUUCUUUAAAAAGAAGUUAUGUUGUAUCACAUGUUAACAUAUUCUUGGUCUUAUAUAUCAAAGAAUAAAAGUGUUUGCUUUGCUUUUAA